GCCCUCCGACGACCAAACUUUCACCGCCGUAGUUGCCACAUUCCUUCUCCAUCGAUGGUGACGACUAGCCGACUUCCUCGAAGUAGCUAUUUCCACAAUCCUCUAUCUUUUUUACAGCAUCAGGCCUCUCCUCCGAAACUCCCAAACUCAAGCCUCCACACAGGCCGCCGCCGCCGCAGCAUUACUCUGCCAUUCCUCCUCUCCAAUUGCCGCCGAAUCCGAUGAAUCCGCAGCCGAAGGAGCCGAUUGUUGUCCAGGAGAAGGAGGCGGAACAGUUGGUUUGAUUUGAUCGCAGGGGCGGAACUGAUGGUUUUGGAAACAAUGGAGCUCCUGUGCCGAAAGGAGAUCUUUCUACCUGAUUGAGGGUUUCUAGAUUCUCGAGGAUUGCAAUUGAACUGGGUAUCCUUCCUUUAAGCCUGUUGCCCGAAAGAUCCACACGGGUGAGAUUCUCGACCAAAUGCUUCGGAAUCGAGCCCGUGAGAUUGCCAUUCGUGAUGGUGAGCAGAGGGCGAGGUCGAGAUCUGAAGGGAAACGGAUAGCGGUAAUGGGGCAGUCAGCGAAGGAGAGAGACUGGAGGGUGGAGAGGGACUUGAGGGCGGUGAAGGAGAGGGAAACGUCGUCGGAACAGUUGGAGAGGUGGAGGGAGACGACGUGGCAGAAUGGGGAAGGCUGGGCGCAUGGGUCUUGGAAGUGGAAGGAGAUGGGAUGAUCUUGGGAGGAGGGACGAUGACCGGGGAAGAGGUUGGGGUGACAGCUAGAGCGACGGCGGCGGUGGGCGUGGUGGAUUUGCCGGCUGCAGAGGUGGAGCUGUGCUGGCUUUUUAGGGGGGUUGGGGAAAUUUGGAGAAGAAGAUGAUAUUAGUGGAGGGGGAAGGACUGGGAGGUGAGAAUUUUUUUUAUUUUUAAUUUUUUCAUUUCAUUAAAUAAGCCACGUCAGCGAGCUACGUAGGAUCCUAUUAAGCGCUGACUGGGCGUUGAAAAGUCGCCAGUUAUGUUUAACGGGCCAACUAACGGAGAAAACAUUUUAGUAUACAAAUGGCAUAUCGAAAACUAUGUAAUAUUAAUGGCACUUUCGCUAAAGGAUGGUAUUUCCGGUGGUAUUAGCCCUUAGUUUUAACUUUGAGAUGUUGAAAGUAUAACAGCGCAAAACAACUAACACUGUACACCCACUCACGUUUUACUGUGCACCUAGAUACGUUUUACUGCUCAUUUAGACCUUAUUUUGCUGUUCAUCUGACAUUUACUGUGCGGAGCCAGAGAAGCUGUAUGGGGCUGGUUGUCUCACACUCUGUUCUUAAGCGAAGCAAAAGGAGGGGAAGUGAAGGAAAGGCUGUAGGAGACCCAAAAAACUUUCCUCUGUUUUUUAAGUCAUGAACAGUGACGAGGGGAGGGGAAGCGGAGAGAAAAUCUCCUGUGCUAGCCACACCCCCAAAUCGGAGGGAAAGAGAGAGUUUCCUCUCUUGCGUGUCCCAAACCCUCUCUCUCUUUGCCUUUUUUAUUUCUUUCUCUCUCCAUCUGUCUCAUUUAUCUUUAAUAAUUAAAUUGAAGCAAGUAGAUAUAAUUUAUAAGAUGAAGUAAACUAUGAAAAAAAAAUAUGAAAAGUAGCUUCAUAAAAAUAUUAUAAUUAAUGGGUAGUAAGUGAUAUUUCCUUUAAAUUGUGUUUAUUAUAUUUUUUAUAAUAAAAAUUGUUCUUCAACGUUGAAUAAAUUUUAAUUUAUUAGAAUGCUUGAUCAAUUAUUAUAAAAUUUAUUUAAAAUAUUUUUUUUAUUAGUCAGCGGUUCAUUAGUGGUUUCUCAAAUGACUUAACACCGGUUAAAACCAUAUCAUCGACAGGCUGGAUAAACCUCCUAACUUAAUCUAAACUGAUAUGCAAUUUUAAACGGUAAAAAAUAAUUGAUGUAGUUAAAUCACGAUUUUAGAAGAAAAUACGCUACCACUUAUUUUUCCGAUACAAUCUCUGGUGCGGUUUAGAAAGAAAGUACAAAUUUAACUCAUAAUUCAUGAAUAAAAUAUUAACAUACAAUCAAAUUAUUUUACUAUUACAUAACCAAUAAAAUAACAUAUUCAUCACAUUUCCACAAUACACACUUUCUUUCCCACUUUCCUCCAUAAAACAACAUUUCCCUCCCAAUUUCCUCACCUCCAAAUCUCCCCUCCCCUCCUAAUUUUCCUUCACCUCCCCUCCUUUUCCUCUUUUCUUUCGGAAACAGAGUGUUACAGUUUCAAGUUUUAUCCUUAUAAAAGAUUCAUCUGCUUUUACCCUAGAUCCUUCUUAAUACACAUUCUAUUAUUAUGAGUGGUCAACUAACAGCUUAAUUUGUUUUCCUCUAAUAUCUCUGUACUGAUAUCAUGUGGUGCCUCUAAAUGGAGACAUUACUGGAUGAUAGAGGCGUGGUAUGAGUGCCCCAAAUGUUUGAAUUUGAUCCUAUGCCUAAUUAUGUUUCUUACUAUGUUUCCUUCUCUUGCCUUAUAUACAUUUUAUGUUAGAAGAUGGAUUGUGCCUCUAAGGGAACAUUCUGCUGUAAUCUGAGAUUUGUUUGAUUGCCCAAGAGCCCAAGACUACUUUCUAAAUUUCUUUCCAUUAGUUUGAGAAAGUUAGGAGCUUUGGGUUUUUUCAUUGUCAAAAGUUUCGCAUCUGGUGAACUGAUUCUAUCUAUAAAGUCUUGUGGAUCGUGAGUUGUGAUUCUCAUGGAGAAUCCUUUAAUAGAUAUAUACAUUAUCUUUGAGGUGAAUGUUCUAUGUUCCCCAUUGAUAAAGAUGAAUCUAUUGUAUAAAUUUGAUUUUGUGUUGGAUAUGCCUUCAUUACUUGCUUCUUACAGUCUGUCUUCAUCACAAAGUCGAAUAUCUACCAUGCUUACCAUAUGAAACCUCCUGACUGCAACUUGGAGUCCCAAAAAACCUAAUGAACUAUGUCCAGCUUCGAAUUAGGCAAUUUUAUGAUCAGUUCUUGAUGUUCUGCUCAUGUUCAUCAUCCAGAGUUUUUUUUUUUUUUACAACUCUUCAUCCAGAGUUAUUACACAUCGCACUAAUCCACCAAAAUGAAAAGUUGGAGACCAUAGCCUUUUUUCCAUUUGAUUGCCAUGCCCGGAUACAUGUUGGGUUUAGAGAUAUAAUUGGACCAUGUUUUCUUAAUGGAAAAACAUGUAACAUUUAGACUAUUGUUAGUGGAAUCUUAAGAACAAAUAGGCCAAUGCUGAGCGUUGCCUUUGAAAAAAAAAAUGAAUUAUAAUUAUCAAUUUUAAUUCUAUAGUCUGCCACCAAAAUUUUCUAAUCUAUUAUCCAAACACGUAAUUAAGCAUAAUCGUGCUCACCAGAUGAGAAAAUGCAAACACUAGAAAAAAUCAAAAUUGUUCACUUUAGAUAAAAUUCGAAGACAAAAAAAAAUCCAUGACUAUACAUUAACUACACGUUUGCAUGUAUUUAUCACAAUUCGACGCGGAGCGCGGGCAAUGAAAACUAGUUAAUAAUUAAAACUCAAUCCAUCGGUAACGAAGAAGUCCUAUCUAGGCGAGCCAUCCAAUCAGCAAACGAAUACAAAUGUUGCGGCACAAACCUAAGGUGUUGAUUGUCAAAGUCCCUAUCUAGCCGAGCCAUCAUGCGUUGCUGCAUAUCGUUGUCAGUCUGAACUUCGUCUAGUCGAUGUACUAGAGUUCUGCCAGUUGGAAUCUGGUCGGGCCAAGGUUUUCCAGCGGCCGCAGCCUCGUCGGGCCGAAGAUAUUUUUCGGUCUGAACGUAGUCUAGUCGAUGUUUUAGAGUUUAGCGGCCAGAACCUAAUCGAGCUAGAGGUUUUCGAAAACAAGAAAAUGCUAGCCGACCGCCAAACUUUGCUUAACCGACGAUGAUGUUUUUUAAUCCAAAAUUUUGUAGAGUUAUAUAACUUAAGACUGAAAUUUUGAAUUAAAAAAAAAUUGACGACAAAUAUUAAAUGAGUUGGCGGGAAAUAGCCUUACCCCCUUACGCUAUUCCUUCUCUCAAACUUAACCUUGUGUUGUAGAAACAAAGACUAUGUGGUGGAGUUAUGGAUGAGGGAUUUUCAUUACUUUGUUUCAUAUUAUCCAGUUUUAGAAGAUGAUUGUAAUCGUAAUAGUUUGUUUGGCUAGGAAGUAGUUGGAAAGAUAGAAACUGGUAGCCGCUACUGGGGUUUUUUGGUUCUACAGAUCACAGGGUAAAUUCCCUUCUGGAAUUUCCCCCUUCGUUGUAUCAGAGUGUGAAAGGUGUUUUCCUUUGCACUGUUUUCUUGUUAAUAAAAUGGGAACUUAUUU